AUGGGAGACUACGGACCAAGCGUGUCACUACCCCAGACACAAGUAUCAGAGAAACCUCAUCAGCCCUCCACACAGUUUGAUGAAAUCUCGGUUCUGGUAACAGGUUUCGGUCCUUUCAAAACCAACCUCGUCAAUGCCUCGUACUUGAUCGCUUCGUCCCUACCUUCGUCGUUUGAAUUCCCUUCGACAGACGCCUCGGGCCCCCUCUCUCGUCGGGUCUCCAUCCAUGUACAUCCUUCUCCGAUCCCUGUUGCUUACUCCACGGUGCGUGAGACUCUCCCGGUUAUACUCGAGGACUACGCCAAAAGCCAUGAAGGCCGACGACCGGACAUUGUCAUCCACAUAGGCAUAGCGGCGACGAGGAACUAUUAUUCAGUAGAAACGCAGGCACGUCGUGAUCAUUAUCAUAUGUCCGACAUCAAAGGUAAGACUGGUUACGAGGACGGGGAAAGGCUAUGGCGGGAGCUGGGGUUGCCUCCAGUACUGCGAGCCGGACGCGCAACCGAUGCGCCUAUGUCACCCAAGGGACCGACGAUACCUGUGUCAGCUACCCGGAAAGAUGUGACUCAAGCCCUACGACUUCCCGUGAACCCUUGUCCGCCUGAUGAGGAUCUACUUGAGGCGUGGGAAUCGUUCGUAUCUCCGGGAGUCGACGUUCGUAUUUCAGAUGACGCCGGACGCUAUCUUUGCGAGUUCAUUUACUAUACAAGUCUAGCACUUGCUUAUCGAGAAGGGCAAAAUCGAAAUGCCGUUUUCUUUCAUGUUCCUGGCGCAUGCGAUGACGGGGCCAUUGAAACCGGCAAGGAUGUAGCCAUAGCACUGAUUAAGAGCCUUGUGGCAUGUUGGAUCGAUCAAAAGGCGUAA